CUAGAGGCUAGGGUUUUGUGCAUAUCCACUGUGCACUCUCUGUCGGUUUCUCUGUGUGUGUGUGUUUUGUGGGUGCGUUUUGCAUGUCAGUUCCUAUUUAUGUAGCGUUCUCUCUGUUUUGCGCUGAGUGCCAGAGUCUCUGUUUUGCGCUGAGUGCCCAUUGUUUCUGUUUCUCUCUCUCUCUCUCUCUGCGAAAUUUCAAAUUCUUGGGAAACUGGGUUUCAUGGGCGUGAUGGAUAGGAUUGAAAAGGUGGAAUCAUUGUCCGAGGCUAUAACGGCUGAGAACAAGAAGUGCUGUGCCGAUUGCAAGACCACGAAGACCCCCUUGUGGAGAGGGGGGCCUGCUGGGCCCAAGUCAUUAUGUAACGCCUGUGGGAUCAGAUACAGGAAGAGGAGGAUUUCUAUGGUGGGUUUGAGCUACGGAUCAUAUAGGAAAAGAGACAAGUCACACUGUCAUGGUACUUCUUCUGUUAGCACCACCCCCACUGCUGCUGAUACAACCACGUACACUGCUAUAGCUGUUGAUAAUGGUGGUGGCGGAGACCUUAGUGUGUCCUUGAAAACGAAAUUAAUGGCGUUGGGUAAGGAUUUGUUGCUGCAAAGGUCACCAUCAGUGAUGAAGAAACAGAGGUGGCAGAGGAGGAGGAAGUUGAAGGAGGAAGAACAAGCAGCCGUGUCUCUGAUGGCACUGUCCAGUGGCUCUGUUUUUGCCUGAAAGGAGUAAAAAGAACACAAAGGGCAUAAGAUUAAAAAACAGAAAAAAAAAAAAAAAACCCUAACCAACCAACCAACCAACCAUCACAUAUACCUUUUGUUGUCCUUUUAGCUUACUGUAGCGAAAUUCCCCUUUGAUCUUAUUUGGGUUUUUCAAAUACAGAAGAAUAUGAAUGGAAUAGUCAGGAAAAUAGGGAGUCAUAUAGUUAGAGUUUAGGGAAUGAUAUUCCUGUCUUUGGUAUUACAUCUUUAAUUAUAAUGUACAUGUUCUCGGAAGUAAUGGUAUAUAUGAUCUUUCAUUUCGAUA